AUGAGAUAUCGUCGGAAUAAGAUGUGCUAAGCGGAAAACAAAUCCCCAGAAAAAAAUUGAAAAACAAAAGUACAACAGCAAAAUAUAUUUAAAAAAUUCUGCGCAACGGUUUUAAAGAUUUGAAAAUUUUGUUUUGAAAAGAAUAUUAAGUCCAAAAUAAAGCAUUAGUGGAUUUUGUUGACUACAAAAAAGCUUAUUCAGUUUUCCUCUCAACAAAAGGGGAAAACGAACGAUUUGAUAUUUUAUAUAAAAAAAAGAGCAAACCUUUACAAAAUAUUUAUGGCAUUUUCGCAAAGUAACUUGACAAAGUGAAAGUGUUAACCAUUAAAUAGCCACAAAAUUAACGAAACAAAAUUUCAAAAAAAAAUUUUAAAUUAAAUUAAAACCUUUUGCUACAACAACAAACAAAAACAUAUACUACUGAGAAACCUGAAAGAAUAUCUUCAAAAACCAAAAGUGACAUUUUUCCACAAGAAAAAAAAGUACCUUUGAAAAAAUACAUUACCUUUUACAUUUUAUCACCAAGAGGAAGUUUUCUUCUUUUUUGCGAAAAGUUAACCAAACAAAAGAAAAGAGGAAUAAACACGAGAGAAAGACAAGUGUUUUGAAGUGCUUUUGUUGCAAGUGCUACUGCAAAUUAUUUUGAAAAGAAAAUCGUUUUCUUCUAAAGCAACAACAACAACCACUACAAGACUAAGAGCAACUGAAUUCAACUACAACAACAACUCUUGAGUUGUUCAAUUAUUAUUGGAAUACUUUAAACUCAAGUCCUAAGUUCUAAUCCAAUAUGAAGGCUGAGGAUAAAACUGCCAUACCCAGAGUACGCAUUGCGGUUAUUGGCCAUGCUGAUGUAGGAAAAUCAGCACUCACAGUACGCUAUCUGACGGGACGCUUCAUUGGUGAAUAUCGCUCAAAUACAGAUUUGUUAUACAAUAAAACCAUCACAUUGGAGACCGGACUGACGGAAGUGGAAAUUGUCGAUGUGUAUGCCGGAAGUGUGGAUGGCGAUGAACAAAAUGAAUUUCCCAUGGAACAGGUUCUUUGGGCUGAUGCCUGCAUGAUCGUUUACAAUAUCACACAACGCACAAGCUUUGAAUAUGCGGCUAAAUGUCUGGCCGAAUUUAAAUCACUGCAGAAUGCACCCACAGCAUAUUUGGUGGGGAACAAAGCCGAUUUGGAUCAUUUGAGAGAGGUCCACGAAAAAGAAGGUGCUGCACUCGCUGCUGCCAGCUCAAUUGGCUUCUGUGAAGUUUCGGUAGCCGAGUACACCCCCACCCUAUAUAAGGCAUUCGAAAAACUGAUCAUUGACUCAAAGGCACGACCACAAAAACAAAAUCGUAAAUUUUCUGUGAGUAAAAUGCUGGGCAACCUGAUUGGCAACAACAGCUAUGGUCAGAAAUCCCUGGGAGUCAUCAAUCACCAAGGUACAGUGGUGCCCUGCCACAAAGGUGAAUUGCACAAAUCGCGUGUCCUGAAAAGACGCCAAGGUUUCACAGCCACAACGAGUCUGUGACCAGCACGCGAAGAUAAUUGGUAGAAUAGUGAAAAAUAAAAUGGAACUAACAGGACAACAACAACAAAUUAUCUUAAUUUUUAAUUUAAAACCCCCCAAAAAAAGAAACAGGAGAUUUUUUACAACAUACACUCAUAUACACACUAAAAUGAGUGUAUAUAAUAAUUAUAUAAAAGAAAAUAUACCUAUAUAUGAAAAAUUUUUGUAUCAAAGCCAUAAUUGAUUUUGUAAUUAUGGUGGAGAAAACAACACGCUAAAUUAGCAUUACUUAGCAUAUAAGUUGUAGAACUUAAAACAAAAACAAAGCUCAAACGCUAGAAACAUAGAAGAAAACAUAUUUUUGAAGAAAUAAGAAGGGAAGAUUUUCAAUUUUCUUUGUUUCAUUGGUAGUUAAGUGUACUUGGUACAGUUUUAAGCAUCACCUUUUUUUUGUAGUUUAAGCAGAUGAAACACAUGAAACCCAUAAUUAGUACUCAUACAUAAGAUAUUUUUUUAUAAGGACUCAUGGCAAGUUAUGUUUUUGUUUUCUAAAUUUUUAUUAGGAAAUUGGCAGAAUUCAUGCUAACCCCCCUCCAAAACAGUGGGGGAGCAUGUAAUGACAUGGCAUAACCUCUAUAAACUAUAAUCAAGUAUUUAUGUCUUUAAAUGGAAUUUUGAAUAGGUAAUUUACCUUUUAUUGAGAAACCAAAACCAAAAAAACCAAACUACCAUAGCCACCAAAGCAAAAGGCAAGAGAAAUAAAUUAUUUGUUAAAAAAAAAAUCUCUAUGUAAUUGGUAAAACACCAUAGUUAUCAUAUGCUAUAAACAAAAGCAAAAACAUUCCUUUCUUAAUCAAAAACCAAACUAAAAAUCUAAGACAAACCUUAAGAGAAAUAGAAACUUAAAUUUUUAAUGUAAACUAAAUGUCAACCCAUACACACUCUAUCCCAACCAUAUUUCCCCCACCCAAAAACCACAUUUAAAAGAUUUAAAAAAAGAAAAACCAAAACCAACCUUUUUCAAACACAGACAGUUCAAAAUUUCAUUUGAAAACAAGAUUUUGAUAACAAAAAAAAAACUAAACGCUUUUUCCGGCAAAAUAAAAAGAAAAGAGUAAAGAAAAGAAAAUUAUAAUGAAAAAUAAAAAAACCCAAGCCAAAACAAACUGAAAUUUUUUGGAUUUUUGUCGGGUGCAAAGCCUUGCAAGAAUUCAAAUUGUAAAGAACUGUGAUAUAAAAAGGUUUUAAUUUAAUUAAAAUUUGGGAAAAAUAAAAUAAAAUUGAAAUUUUUCUAAUAACUAAAAAACAAACAAAAUCAAAAAAUUAUUAUGACAAUUUUUUGAUUUUCGAAAAUAAAACAAAAAAAUUGUAAACCAUCAUCAUAACAAAAAAAACAUAAACAAAAGUUCAAUUCUUGUUUUGCAACAAAAAUUAUUCUUUAAUGUUUUAAUAAAAAAAAGAACACAAAUAAGAAGAAAAAAAUCCCCUCCCGCUGAAAUUAAUAAACAGUAAACGACUAACCAGCAUAUAGCAAUGUAGUAAAAAUUUUAAUAAUUGUUUAGUUAUAAUUAUUACAAAAUUUUUAUUUUCAUUUUUUUAUUUAUGUUAUUUAUAUUUUUAUAAUUUUUCCCUUAUAAAAAUAUAAAUGCCCAGGCUGUGAAGCCAACGAAACAGCACGAAUUUAAUUUUCAUUUUGAGUAUUCGCCUCCACCCGUAACAAGAAUACUUAAAUAUUGAGAAUUCACUUAAAAAUACAGGUGGAUUGAAAAACAAAAACAAAAUCUCAAAAAAAUUGUUAAAAUUUUGUAAAAAUAAAAAGAAAAUUAAAUUCAUUAUGCAUUUAUAUUUCCCAA